AUGAGGUCUCGGGCGGCAACAGCUGAAGCCGAAGCGCCCGCCCGCAUAGAUCCCGAUGAUCCGCACUCGCCUCGGGGUGAUCAAAUGCUUGCGCUGCGCAUGAAGGAACUCGAAUUGGAGUUGUGUAGGCAGGAGUACCAGAACCGGCUUCUGCAACUUCCGGCAUUUGAGCUUGAAACUGACCGGGAAAUCAAGCUUAAAGAGCUAGAGUUAGCCAUCGAGGACAGACCUCGUCCCGCUCCUACUCCUUUCCCGCGACGGUCAAAGACCGGCACAUCCCCAUCGGCGGCUGGCUCUGCAGUGUCUGCACCUUCUCCGAUACCUGCCUCUCCCGCUGCACCUGUGCACAUCCGCGCCUCUUCUCCUGUGCCUGUAUCCAGUGGUGCUUCUAUUGACUCCCCUGAUUUUGACGUGACUAAACACAUUCGACUGGUACCCCUGUUCCGGGAAAUUUUCACUGUGGCUGCUGCAAUUUCUGGUCCAUCCUGUAAAGUGGCGGAGGAGAGGGUGAAGGAUGCUUGCGAUGCCCCAAUUGGCGAAGUGGCCAUGCAGGUGGGGGGUUGUCCUGCGCCAUGCCUUUGUGCAAGUGAUAUCAUAACGUGCGGCAACCAGAAUCUUUCCACCAUGCCAACCCACUAUUUCUCGUUUGUCUCAUGGUUGGACCUCAGCUACAACAGGAUCACCAUACUUAGCUUUAACUGGACCACGGCCCACCUGGACAAACUCCACACCUUAAUUCUAAACCACAACUCCAUUGUCCACAUCUCCUUGAGCGCCUUCUCCCAGGUGCCGCAUCUUAAAUACUUAGACUUGUCCUCCAAUAAAGUCAGCAUCCUGAACACAUCUGUCUUCCAGGACUUGGCAGAGCUGGAGGUGUUGCUGCUGUUCAGAAACCAUGUGGCUGUCCUAGGUCCUGGGACCUUUGGUGGACUGCAGAGACUGCAGCGACUAUAUCUCAGCCAGAAUCGACUCACCCAAUUUCCGCUGGAACUUUUUGUCGGAAAGCUCCGCCUCCCCCAGCUCAAAUUUUUAGACCUGUCAUACAAUCUACUCCACAAGAUUCCAGUUCAGAGUAUCAUUUCUCUGCCAAUCUGGCAGCAAUCCGGGCUCUACCUCCACCAGAACCAGCUAACCUGUGACUGCACACUGUGGGCCAUGCUAAUGUACUGGUCUCAGAGACACUUCCCUCCUGUCAUGGACUUCAGAGAUGAUUACAAAUGCCUCCUCCCUCAUUUCAGCAUGGCCAUAAACGUCUUCACACAGAUGGACUUCAUGAACUGUUCCAAUAGGGCAGCAAACAUCUCUUUCUACUUCUCUGGAAAGACUUAUGAGGCCUACAUGGGGAGCAAUCUUGUAAUGCACUGUGACAGCAAAAUACCAACAGGGAAUGCACUUAUCUUUUGGGUGUCUCCAGGUCAGAAGGUCCUUACUCCAGGAGCUAGUUCUGAGAACCUAAGCAUGUUCCCCAAUGGGAGCCUGGGCCUCAGUCACAUGAGCUCCGAUGACUCAGGUAUCUACACCUGCUUCGUGGCCCACCACAGACAGAACCUCAAUGAGACCAUUCAGGUGACUGUGCAGGUGACAAAUUCAUCCAGCGAACACUCCCGUACCACAAAAAAUGUCCACGCAGCCUUCACCACACUAGCAUCCUGCAUGGUCAGUGUUGUGCUGGUGCUGAUCUACCUGUAUUUGACGCCCUGCCGAUGUUGGGCAAGCCAAACGCCUUCCAUUGAGAGAAGGGCAGGUUCUGGGAAGAGAGUGAUGUUUCUAGAGUCUCCUGCUGAGCAUGCUCAGAAUGGCAAAGUCAAGACUGUCUCCAGGGAUAGCACAGUUGGCAUUCUGAAGGUUGGUGAGUCCAUGCCCAACACCGUACCUGCUGGAUUCUUGGAUUCAUCUCUCAUCCUAUAG